CGGCUUGGCAGGCUUGGUUCGCGGCCAUUCAUCGGCUAGUCCGUGUGGGUGGGUUUCUGUAGGUGUAAAAUGCAUAGGUAUUUGUUGAAUAUUUCCUACAUUGGCACGAGUUUUCGUGGUAUUCAGAAGACGGUAAACAAGUCGGAGUUACCUCGUUUGGACACAAGUACAGUGCAAGGGAGCUUGGAGUUGGCAUUGCGCGUUUUUCGACCCACAAACGAAAUUCAAACGGUGCUCUCCAGUCGAACAGAUGCGGGAGUGCAUGCAUUGCACUCCACCAUUCAUGUGGACUUGGAGCGCAGCGAUGGCAAUCCCUAUGAUACGACCACAUUGACAGGUGUCCUCAAUCGAACGCUGGACAAACACAGUUUACCCAUUCGUGUCUUGAGCACACAGAGAGUAGCGGACACUUUCCAUUGCAGAUAUCACGCUACUGGUCGCACCUACUUGUAUCGCUUGGCUGUUGCCAGGAAUGUCACGGAGGGAGCAGAGGGCAGAGGACUGAAGAACAAGGGUUACGAAGUCUUUCUACCCGUGGAAGAGAUUGACCGUUGUUAUUUUCUGCAAAACGCCACUUUUGAUAUCAAACGAUUAAGUGAUGCUGCUCGCAUGUUCGUCGGUGUCCACGACUUUCGCACCUUUAUGAGCACAAGUCGGCAGAAGAGUCAAAGUCGCGACCAUCCCAUGUUUACAGUGCGUAAAAUUGAUGAAAUCAACAUACGCCCGGGAAAAAGUCUUGCACUGGGUCCCAACGCAACAUUGGCAACUGAAACCUAUGAUUACUGGGACAUAGAGAUCAAGGCCAGGUCAUUUCUCUACAAACAGGUGCGCCGUAUAGUGGGAACGCUGCUUGCAGUAGCAAACGGACGCAUCGACGAGCGCUCCAUCUAUCAGAUGCUAACGAUUCCCUCGAAGCACAACUGGGAUCAUCGUGUGCUGGUUGCACCUGCGUGUGGUCUCUACCUGUGCCGCGUGCACUAUAGGGAUACAGCCUUUGAGCUUCCAGACGAGACAAGUCACUAACCAAGUUGAUAACAUGAUACUGCUGUAUGA